UACCAUGUCCAACUAAGUUUUUUAUUUUCUGUAGAGAUGGGGUCUCACUUUGCUGCCCAGGUUGGUCCUGACCUGCUGGCUGGCUUCAAGCAAUCCUCUGCCUCAGCCUCCCAAGGUUUUGGGAUUACAGGCGUGAGCCACUGUACCUGGCUGUCUCUCUGAUUCUUGUUGAAAAUAAUAAUGCCUGCAUUUCACGGGUUUGAGAUGGGGAUUAAGUGAAAAAUGCAAAUAAGGUAACAUCGAGGUCUUAAUGUUUGUAUUCUUACAUGGUCUGAAUUCAGUAUUGAGAGGUGGGGCUUUUAAGAGAUGAUUGGGCCCUUCUCUCUUCCUCGGCGCUGCCUACGGAGGUGGCAGCCAUCUCCUCCUCGAAGGCAUCAUGGCCGCCCUCAGACCCCUUGUGAAGCCCAAGAUCGUCAAAAAAAGAACCAAGAAGUUCAUCCGGCACCAGUCAGACCGAUAUGUCAAAAUUAAGCGUAACUGGCGGAAACCCAGAGGCAUUGACAACAGGGUUCAUAGAAGAUUCAAGGGCCAGAUCUUGAUGCCCAACAUUGGUUACGGGAGCAACAAAAAAACAAAGCACAUGCUGCCCAGUGGCUUCCGGAAGUUCCUGGUCCACAACGUCAAGGAGCUGGAAGUGCUGCUGAUGUGCAACAAAUCUUACUGUGCCGAGAUUGCUCACAAUGUUUCUUCCAAGAACCGCAAAGCCAUCGUGGAAAGAGCUGCCCAGCUGGCCAUCAGAGUCACCAACCCCAACGCCAGGCUGCGCAGUGAAGAAAAUGAGUAGACAGCUCAUGUGCACGUUUUCUGUUUAAAUAAAUGUAAAAACUGCCAAAAAAAAAAAAAAAA